AUGAUCGAUAAUACUGCUCUCGCCUAUCCAGCUGACUACUACUAUCCGGAGUUUAUCUACAGCCGUGAAGAUGCACCGCCCACUUCUCCUGGAUUACACUUGCCGUUGUCAUCGGUUGACAACGGGAUCGGUUCGACAACGGCAACAAUUCCAGGCACAGUACAGGAAAUAAAUGAAGUGCAUACAAGACAGCAACAACACUACAACCCAGCAACUCCAUUAGCAGGUAAUAUUAUGACUAAUCAAGGCUUACCUGAUAUGGAUAUAACACAAACGACUCGAACUGAUCCACGAACGAAUCUCGUGCGGGAUCCAGCAGAAAGAAACAUUCCAAAGCUAAUUGUCGACGAUAGCGUCAUUCGGCAAAGCGUUCGAACAUCAACUGGGGGUGCAAUGAAUUUCAAUAAUACGCCCGAUCGAACAAACGGAUACAAUCAAUUGCAUGAUGGACGAGCAUCAACGAACAACGGUAGAAUCUCGAUGAAUAAUGGGUAUACCAACGGCUAUCUGGCAAGUCAAACGAGAUAUGAUAAUUCGGGAAAGAAACAUAUGGGAACGUAUCGUGAGAAUGAACAACAAAUGAUCGAUGAUCGUUGGAAAAAAGAAGUUGUUAUCGGUGACAAUGGUGUUGUUAGCAUUGACCCGGUCGUCUAUGAAGAACCAGUCUAUGAUGGUCCAUUUGGUUUAACUCGCACCGGUUCCUAUAUAUUCUAUAUUGGCAUGGCAGUAUUUACUCUUCUUGCAGUUAUAUUUCUGAUCAUGUGUGGUGUAUUUUAUGCUCAAAGUUAUCCUACUGCGUCGACCAAUGCCGGCAAGUUAGCUGGGGUGGGUAUUUGUGCCUUUGCAUUCUAUCUCGGUUUACAAUUGAUUCUCAUUGGCAUCUGGCAUCAAAAACAUCGGAAAGAGAAUCCGAAACCGAUUGUUAGAUCUAAACAAUCAUACACCAAAACGAAGAGGCAGAUUGCAGCGGAAGCUGAAGAUGAUCAGGACAUUUAUAAUUAUGCUUAUCAACCACAGUCUGAUUUCGCACCGUAUGGAAACUAUCCCAAUCCCCCGUACGCUCCCUAUGGAAAUGAACAGAUUCCUUUACAGAGUACAACGCCAGGUACUGUUGUUUAUCCGCCAAACUAUUGGCCAGUCAAUGUUGAACAAGAAGCGCAGCCAACGAUGGAUGCCAGAUUUCUUCAACCGAUGGAAUGGACUUAUGGAGCACAGACAACAAACGGAACUUCAUCUACAGCAGAGAAGGUCACACUGAACAGUAAUCAUGAGAAAACUGAAAAGAGAAAGAAUGAGAAGAAAAGUCGCAAGAAGAAGAAUGCUGUUGAAGUUGAUGUCACAAAACCAAAAUCAGCCAGUACAUUUCAGAUACCAACAAUUAUUGAACCACCACCACCAUUACCGCGAAUGAAGAAAGCACCCGAAACAAAAGAACUUAUAGAGAGAAUCGUCGAAAUCGAAGAGAAUCAAGAGCGAGCGUCGUCACCGAGUGCUUUAACUGUACAAAAUGUUAGUCGAAUAAAGUCUAUGGAUGAUGAUGAUCCAAACGAUACUGUUUUGGCUGAUCGUCGGCAUCGUCAUAGUGAUCGUCACACACACACAACUGAUCAUUCACAUCGAAAGCAUAGUCAUCACCAUCAUCAACAUCGUUCUCAUCAUCAUUCUCGGCACCAUCGGCAACGAUCGCACUCUCCCUGUUCAAUAUGUUCACGUGAAGAAUUCUACAGCGAUGUGGGACACGACGCUCAUCGCAGUCAUCAUCAUCAUCACCAUCAUCCUCAUCCGGAACUCAUACCCACACAUUUUGUGAUUGCCCCACCACCUAUUCCUGUACAUGCUCCGACAAAACUCUAUCGUGAUAGCAGCGUAGCAACAGAACAUCAAUUGAAAAUAACCAGAGAUUCCAGUGUAACAGCUGACCUAGAAGAUAUAUCAAAUGAGCAUAAUAAUAGUUUUCAUCAAGUGCCUAUCGUUCGUCGCACUGUUAUUGUUGAACCGUAUCCAGCUGAGCCGACUAGUCAGGUCGUACUCACACCACGCACAACAGCAAUACGGAAAUUUCACUCUGACGAUAAUCUCAACGUCAAUGGAGACAAUGACAAAAUUCUUUAUUCACAUGCGCCAUCGGUAGCGAAGAAAUCGAAACGAAAGAAGAGCAAAACCGAGAGUCGAGAUAAUAUUAUCGAAGAUUUAGAUUUAGAAGAUGUCAACGAACUGGAUCAUUCAAAUUCGAGAGCAGAUUCGAGAAAAAGAACGAAGAAACUCAUUAAAACAUCGGCAACAAAAACUAUCUCGAAUGCCUUUUACGAGAAUUGA